AUGGCGGAGCGCGGAGGGGCGGGCGGUGGUCCCGGCGGGGCGGGCGGCGGCGGCCAGCGCGGCUCCGGGGUCGCCCAGUCCCCGCAGCAGCAGCCGCCGCCGCAGCCGACGCCGCAGCCGACGCCCCCCAAGCCGGCCCAGGCCGCCUCGUCGUCCACGUCCACCUCGGCGGUGGCCGCCUCCUCCUCGUCCUCGUCCACCUCCACCUCCAUGGCCGUGGCGGUGGCCUCGGGCUCCGCGCCCCCCGGCGGCCCGGGGCCCGGCCGGCCGCCCGCCCCGGUGCAGAUGAACCUGUACGCCACCUGGGAGGUGGACCGGAGCUCGGCCAGCUGCGUGCCCAGGCUGUUCAGCUUGACCCUGAAGAAGCUGGUCAUGCUGAAAGAAAUGGACAAAGAUCUGAACUCAGUGGUCAUCGCCGUGAAGCUACAGGGUUCAAAAAGGAUUCUUCGCUCCAAUGAGAUCAUCCUUCCAGCCAGUGGACUGGUGGAAACAGAGCUCCAACUAACCUUCUCCCUUCAGUACCCUCACUUCCUGAAGCGAGAUGCCAAUAAACUGCAGAUCAUGCUGCAAAGGAGAAAGCGUUACAAGAACCGGACUAUCUUGGGCUAUAAGACCCUGGCCGUGGGACUCAUCAACAUGGCAGAGGUGAUGCAGCACCCUAACGAGGGCGCCCUGGUCCUGGGCCUGCACAGCAACGUGAAGGACGUCUCCGUGCCUGUGGCAGAAAUAAAGAUCUACUCCCUGUCCAGCCAGCCCAUCGACCACGAAGGAAUCAAAUCCAAGCUGUCUGAUCGUUCUCCUGAUAUUGACAAUUACUCUGAGGAAGAGGAAGAGAGUUUCUCUUCAGAGCAGGAAGGCAGUGAUGACCCCCUGCAUGGACAGGACCUGUUCUAUGAAGACGAGGACCUGCGGAAAGUGAAGAAGACCCGGAGGAAACUCACCUCCACCUCCGCCAUCACCAGGCAACCGAACAUCAAACAGAAGUUCGUGGCCCUCUUGAAGCGGUUUAAAGUUUCAGAUGAGGUGGGCUUUGGGCUGGAGCACGUAUCCCGGGAGCAGAUUCGCGAGGUGGAGGAGGACUUGGAUGAACUGUACGAUAGUCUGGAGAUGUACAACCCCAGCGACAGCGGCCCUGAAAUGGAGGAGACAGAGAGCAUCCUGAGCACUCCAAAGCCCAAGCUUAAGCCCUUCUUCGAGGGGAUGUCGCAGUCCAGCUCACAGACGGAGAUCGGCAGCCUCAACAGCAAGGGCAGCCUCGGCAAAGACACCACCAGCCCUAUGGAAUUGGCUGCUCUAGAAAAAGUCAAAUCUGCGUGGAUUAAAAAUCCAGAUGACAGCUUGGCUGAAACGGACACCCUGGAGAUCACUGACCAGGACACGUUCGGAGACGGGAGUACAAGUCUGAUUGUGCCAGAAAAAGUCAAAACUCCCAUGAAGUCCAGCAAAACAGAUCUCCAAGGCUCCGCCUCGCCCAGCAAAGUGGAAGGGGGGCACACGCCCCGGCAGAAGAGGAGCACACCCCUGAGGGAGCGGCAGCUCUCCAAGCCCCUGAGCGAGAGGACCAACAGCUCCGACAGCGAGCGCUCCCCGGACCUGGGCCACAGCACGCAGAUUCCAAGAAAGGUGGUGUACGACCAGCUGAACCAGAUCCUGGUGUCAGACGCAGCCCUCCCAGAAAACGUCAUCCUUGUGAACACCACUGAUUGGCAGGGCCAGUAUGUGGCGGAGCUGCUCCAGGACCAGCGGAAGCCUGUCGUGUGCACCUGCUCCACCGUGGAGGUCCAGGCCGUGCUGUCUGCCCUGCUCACCCGCAUCCAGCGCUACUGCAACUGCAACUCCUCCAUGCCGCGGCCGGUGAAGGUGGCCGCGCUGGGCAGCCAGACCUACCUGAGCUCCAUCCUCCGCUUCUUCGUCAAGUCACUGGCCAACAAGACCUCCGACUGGCUUGGCUACAUGCGCUUUCUCAUCAUCCCCCUCGGUUCUCACCCUGUGGCCAAGUACUUGGGCUCAGUGGACAGUAGAUAUAGCAGCACCUUCCUUGAUUCUGGCUGGAGAGACCUGUUCAGUCGCUCGGAGCCCCCGGUGUCAGAGCAACUGGACGUAGUGGGGCGGGUGAUGCAGUACAUCAACGGCGCAGGUGUGACUCACCAGCUUCCUGUGGCGGAAGCCAUGCUGACCUGCAGGCAUAAGUUCCCUGAUGAAGACUCGUAUCAGAAGUUUAUCCCCUUCAUUGGCGUGGUGAAGGUGGGGCUGGUGGAAGACUCUCCUGCCACAGGCGAUGGCGACGACGCCCCCAUGGUCAGCCUCACGGUGCCCUCCACAUCCCCGCCCUCCAGCUCAGGCCUGAGCCGAGAUGCCACGGCCACCCCUCCGUCCUCCCCGUCCAUGAGCAGUGCCCUCGCUGUGGUGGGGAGCCCCAGCAGUCCGUACGGGGACGUGAUUGGCCUCCAGGUGGACUACUGGCUCGGCCACCCUGGGGAGCGGAGGAGGGAAGGUGACAAGAGAGAUGCCAGCUCCAAGAACACCCUCAAGAGUGUCUUCCGCUCAGUGCAGGUUUCCCGCCUGCCCCAUGGCGGGGAGGCCCAGCUCUCCGGCACCAUGGCCAUGACCGUGGUCACCAAAGAGAAGAACAAGAAAGUUCCCACCAUCUUCCUGAGCAAGAAGCCUCGAGAAAAGGAGGUAGACUCCAAGAGCCAGGUCAUUGAAGGCAUCAGCCGCCUCAUUUGCUCUGCCAAGCAGCAGCAGACCAUGCUGCGAGUGUCCAUUGACGGAGUCGAGUGGAGCGACAUCAAGUUCUUCCAGCUGGCGGCGCAGUGGCCCACUCAUGUCAAGCACUUUCCAGUGGGACUGUUCAGUGGCAGCAAGACCACCUGA